CAUCUUUCUCCUGUGACUCCCAUCCCUGUUCAAUACUUGACAGGACAUUUUUCUCCGGUGACUCCUUGUCCCUGUCCAGUGUUUAAUAGAAGACUAAGAUGAAAUACAGGCGAAAGGAACACCAACGCUCCUCUCUUCUCUUCCAUACGUUUCACCCAUUUCUCCAAAACCUAAGCUUAAAACUAGCCCUAACCCAUAGCACCCUCUAAACCAUAAACCCUCCGAUUGAACUCUCAAACCCAUAGAUCCAUCCUGCCUCCUCUACCAAAUACAAACUCUCCACUUCCACUAAUGGCAGGACGUAAAGAGAGAAGAGAUUCCAGCUCUCAACUCCUUCAAGAACUCGAGACCCUGAGCCAAUCCCUCUACCAAUCCCAGUCUAACCGCCGACGUGCUAACUCCCUUGCUCUUCCCCGUUCCGCCGACUCAUUGCCUGCACCUGUCAUUGGCCCCCGCAUCACCGAGGGAACUGCUCGAUCGGACCGGCACAGCCGCUCCUUUCGACUCAUUUCCAUCUCCCCCUGGAGAUCCCGUCCUAAGCCUCCAACCGAGCCUGGCGACAGUAUACAUGUUGAUGACCAGCACCACCACGCUCCACCCAAUUCUCAGCAUCAGUCAAGGCCUGGAGAUGGGGAUAGGAAGGGGAUAUGGAAUUGGAAGCCUUUACGAGCCCUGUCACAUUUGGGUAUGCAGCGCUUGGGGUGCCUCUUCUCCGUCGAGGUCAUCGCUGUCCAUGGCCUACCGGCUUCCCUGAAUGGUCUCCGCCUCUCAGUUUCCGUGCGCAAGAAGGAGGCCAAGGAUGGAGCAGUGCAGACGAUGCCCUCCCGAGCACUUCAGGGUUCCGCCGACUUCGAUGAGACUCUGUUCAUCAAAUGCCAUCUAUACUGCAGCGGUGGAGUGGGCAUGGGGAAGCCACUCAAGUUUGAGCCCCGCCCGUUCCUCAUCUCGACGCUGGCUGUCGAUGCUCCGGAGCUGGAUUUUGGGAAGAACAUAGUCGACUUAAGCCUACUGGUUCUAGACUCGAUUGAGAAGAGCUUGGAGGGGGUUCGGGUUCGGCAGUGGGAUACAAGCUUGAAGCUCUCUGGGAAGGCAAAGGGAGGAGAAUUGGUUCUCAGGUUGGGAUUUCAGAUUAUGGAAGAUGGAGGAGUCGGGAUCUACAGCCAGACUGAGGCAGUGAGAUCAAACAAGGAAAAGGAUUCCUCAUACUCUGUUGCUCGGAAGCAAUCAAAGUCUUCUUUCAGUAUCAUGAGCCCGAGGUUUACAAGAUCAGAUCCAUCUAAGAACCCUCAGAAGGGAAGUUCAUCAGGUUCAGCAAAAGAUUUGAAAGGCAUCGAUGAGUCGAGGCUCGACGAGUCUGGUCCGCCCAUUCCUGUUCACGAGCCGGAGCCAGAGUCGAAGAUGCAAGAUCUCGACCUACCAGAGUUCGAAGUCAUUGAUAUGGGAAUUCAAAUUCAGGGAGAGGGAGGAAGAGCAGAGGAAGAUGAAGGCAAGUCAGAAGAUGCCCUAGAAGCAACAUCGGUUUCGAGCGAGGUGGUGAAAGAGGUGAUGAAUGACCGCGAUCGGCGGGCUAGCUUAACAGAGCUUGAUUCGAUUUCUCGGCAGAUCAAGGCCCUCGAGUCAACCCUGACUGAAGAUGAGAUCAAUUCUCUGAACAUGGCCCGAGGAACAAAGACACAGCAGUUGGAUGCUGAAGAGGAGACGGUUACAAGAGAGUUCCUCCAGAUGCUCGAGUUGGAAGAUGAUGAUGAGCAUAAAUAUGUCAAACCAGAGCAUGUUACUUCACCGAAGUCGGAACCAGCUCAAGGUACUGGUGAUGAAGCAAAGAUGUUGCUUUCAGAUCUCGGAAAGAGUCUGGGCCCAGUGGUUCAAACGAGGGAUGGAGGCUAUUUGGCAUCUAUGAAUCCUUUCAAUGUGGUAGUAGAAAGAAAAGAGACUCCAAAGCUUGUGAUGCAGAUAUCAAGACCACACAUCCUCCAGCAUCAGAAAUUGGCCAGUGGGUUUGAAGUGUUUCAGAUACUAGCUUCCAUGGAUCUGGAAGAAUGGAGUCGCAAACUUUUCUCGCUGACUGCUAUGGAUGAACUGAUGGGCAAAUCAGCCGAGCAAAUAGCAUUUGAAGGGAUCGCAUCGGCCAUCAUAAGUGGCAGGAACAAAGAAGGUGCAAGCUCCAGCGCAGCUAAAUCAAUAGCACUUGUUAAGAAGAUGGCAACAGCAAUGAGUGAAGGCAGAGAGGAGAGGAUGUCCACAGGAAUUUGGUUUGUGAAAGAUGAUCCAGUAACCAUAGAGGAAAUAUUAGCCUUCUCACUUCAGAAAAUGGAGGCCAUGUCAGUGGAGGCUCUCAAGAUCCAGGCUGACAUGGCGGAAGAAGAAGCUCCCUUUGAAUUCUCCCCACAUCUGGGAAAAGAUGAUUCGAACCACAACAACCUUUUGGAUUCAGCCAUUUCACCUGAGAAUUGGGAAAAAAAUUGCAGCUCAGACACUACCAUGACAAUGUUAGUGAUCCUUCAGCUAAGGGAUCCAUUAAGGAGCUUAGAAGCAGUUGGGGCUCCAAUGAUGGUUGUGGUGCAAGCAGCGAUAGUGGAGAAAGGAGGAGAAGCUGAAGGGUGGAGGUUUAAAGUGACAAGUCUCCAUCUUGGGGCUCUGAAGCUGAGGUCAGGAGGAAUGAGGAGUGUUUGGGAUGGGGAGAAGCAAAAGCUGACUGCAAAGCAAUGGUUGGUGGCUUAUGGACUUGGGAAGGCAGGGAGGAAAACCAAGCCUGUGCAAGCAAAGGGGACACAGGAUUUGCUCUGCAGCUUGUCCUCGCGAGUUGUGGCGGACAUGUGGCUCAAGGCUAUGCGGAACCCAGAUGUGAAGGUCAAAACCAGUAGUAUAUGAGCUGAUGGUGGUAAAGAAGUAUUGGGACAUGUUAGUGUUCUGCAAGGAAAAAAAUAUUCACUUUCUAGGAUUCAGCUUUGGGAGUCUGUAUUACUAGGAAAUAGGAUAUUAAAUUGGUGUAUAAUGAAGAAUUAUUAAUGAAAUAAGGGGAUUUGAGCUUGUCAUGAUAUU